GGCCUCCAUCUAAAGCAACACCGGCCCGGGGCCAAGCUCUCAAAAGUCAACUUCGAAGAUUUCACACAUCAAACAGGAGGCGCACAAACACAAACGUCCAAUCCAUAACCUUCCCCCAAAUCCAGAUAUGCAGCUUACCCUCGCUCACACUCUCCUCCUCCUUCCCCUCACAACGGCCACGGCCUCCACCUCCACCAUGACCAACAUUCUCAAGCGCAACGUCGGCGACCCGGACUCGAUGGUGAGCGACCUGUCCAAACCUAAAGACUCCCCAUGCAUGGCGCUCUGCGGAUUAAAGAGGAUGCCCAAGGCCUGCUACACAAAAAGCUCACGCCCCCAAAUCGACAUCGACUGCAUGUGCAAGAGCAGCGCGACCAACACCGCCCCGGGCCAGGCCUGGGAGGACGCGACUAAGAGGUGUUUCUCCGAGCCGGCGAGCAACGGGACGUCCCAGGAACCAUACGACUGCCUCGGGUGUGUUGAGAAGGAUUACGAAGAAGGGAAAAUGCUUGCCAUCUGCAAGGCCUUGACGGAGAAGCCCGAGAAAAAGAACGACACGCAGGAGGCUAUGGUGGAAGUCUUCCUGAACUUGACGGAGACAAUCAUGCACUGCCAAGUGUAUGGCCCGAAGAGGUCUGCCGCGACUGCUGCUGGGCCUAGUGACGUUGUUGGGAUCGCUGGGGCUGUUCUGGCCGCUGCUGUCGGGUAUGCCGCUGGUAUACUUUGAGGGAAGCAUGAUGGAGUUGGGGAUGGAGACGUUUGCGACCAUUCUUUCUAGCUGUUGGAAAGCCAACAGCCACGAUUCCACGGUGUUACGCUUUAUGGGAGCCCUUGAGACAGUGAACUUCUCGAGUGCCCGGGACCAGCCCAGAAUCUGUCAAUUGAGUGUUCUGUCCUCUCCUUCUCCAAGUUGCCUGGGUGCCUCCUAGACCUUAUGUAACAGCUGUGUAUUACCCCUGACCAGGGUACGAUACCG